GUUCACAUUAUAAGCUAGACGCGUUAGUCAAAUUCAUCAUCUCGUGUCUCUCUAUGCUUUGUACUGCUGUCUGAAGGCGACUCAACAAGAAGAAAUCCUCAUUUCAAGCGUAACCUGUGAGGCCGAAGAGCGAAGAUGGCGUCGGAGAAGGCGAAGAAGGCGUCGGAAGUUGAGGAUAAUCCGGACAUGAGCUUGGAGGAGAUCACCGAGCUCCGGCUAGGGCUGCCGGGCGAGACCCGGGGGAAAUCGGGCACGAAACGGGGAUUUUCCCAGACCGUCGAUUUCGCUCUCGGCGCAUCAGCUGUCGGUGGCGACGAAGCCGAAAAUUCUACCACGGGGGGCGUGCGGCUCAAGGACGAAGUUGCCGGCGCAGCUAAACCUCCCGCACCCAAGACGCAAGCUGUGGGGUGGCCACCGGUGAAAACGUUCAGGAAGAGCGUGAUGAAGAGCCGCAAGUACGUGAAGGUGGCUGUGGACGGAGCUCCGUAUCUGAGAAAGGUGGAUCUGGAGGCCUACGAGAGUUACCAACAGCUUUUGACUGCUCUUGAGAAGCUCUUCUCUUGCUUCUCCAUCUGCAAUUAUGCAAGCGAGAGGAAGAUCAUUGACCCGCCAAAUGGUGUUGAAUUUUUGCCUACUUAUGAGGACAAAGAUGGGGACUGGAUGCUGGUUGGAGACGUGCCUUGGAAGAUGUUUGUCGAAUCGUGCAAGCGGCUGCGGUUCAUGAAGAGCUCCGACGCCACCGGUUUAGGUCUAAGGACACAGUCCGGGUGCACAAGUUCAAGUUGAAAAAAAAGAGUGGACAGCAAGCUUCCCAAGAGAGAGCAUCCUGGGAUUAUGUAUGCUUGAUGUACAAAGGGUUUUUUAGAUCUCAGCUCCUAGGUUUAGGAUUAUGCCACAGUUUUCGGUAUUUCGAGGGCUUUGAUGACAUGAAUACACACAGAAAAUAAGAGAGCUUCGAUCUCUCCACGGUUCAUU